AUGCCUUCCACCGACGCUCCUGCGCACGAAUUUGUCAUUGCGGACGAUAGCACACCCGAUCUUCUCGCCCAGUGUGUAAACGUCCGUAUCGCAGUCUUUGUCGACGAACAGCAGUUUCCUCUCGAUACAGAAAUUGAUAAAUACGACGAACCCGGUAAAUCUACACAUGUCCUCCUGAGGCUAGUUCAGGGUUUGGAACCGAUUGGGACUAUCCGCAUCGUCCACCUCUCGCCGACGGACAAAAAGCUCGGCCGUCUCUGUGUGCUCAAACCGUAUCGGAAUUUUAAAUUUGGAAAGGACCUAGUGCUCGCCGCCCAUGAUUACAUUCGCAAGCAGGCUGUCACGUCCAACGGGGAGGAUGGCCCGCGACUGUCCGUGUCGCUGCAUUCUCAAAUCUACGUCAAGGGGUUCUAUGCAAAGUGUGGAUAUGAAGAGGUGGGACCCGAGUUUGAUGAAGAUGGAGCUCCGCAUCAGCGAAUGAUCCGAUAUCUGUGA